GGCGCCAUCAAAUCCAGUGGAUACGGAUCGUGCAUGCCGGGGGAUUCGGUGUACUACCCGCACCACCACCCGACGGCGGGGCGCAUGGGGGGCGCCCCGUCCUUUCUGCCCGCCGCUACGUCCUCCCCUCUCCUCCCCAACAUGAACCCCGGGCUCAGCUUCAGCUCCCAGAUGGCGGCCUGCCGACUCGCCGCCCAGUCCCCGCCCGACUGCGCCCUGCGGCAGCCGUCCUCGUCAUCUUCCGGGUCGUCCGGCUACGGCCUGCGGCCCAGCCCCGGUCAGGGCCCCCACGGCGCCCUCUCCUCUUGCACGUACAUGCAGUCGCCCCAGUCCAGCUACGCCUCGCACCACCUUGCCGCCAACAUGCACGUGAUGAACAUGAACUUUCCUGGGCAGCUGGCAUGA